GUUUCAGAGGGCCUGACACCAGUUACCCCUCUUAUCUUUUAAGAUCCCCCAGGCAAAAGGUCUGGGGGGGGAGGGGAAGGGCAUAGAAGGCCACACUAGAACAACAAGACAACAAGAUCACUUUGUUAUGUCACGCAAUGAAACGUCUCCAGAGACAGAGGUAUAACGAUUCAGACAGGUGAUUCAGACAAGGCUCAUCACUGUCUGUCUGACUGACUCAUCAUUGUAGAGAGACAAUGACGACACGGCUCUCUCACCAUCGAAUGACGGAUUUCACUUGUUGAUGGACAUCCACAACACUGGUUUGCAUCCAAUGUUUCAGUCCUGUACAGAUCAUCAUACACUAUUAGAGUCACGACCGAACCUUUGUGUUUCCUUCCAUGUGAGUGGAAAUAGCUUACAACAGUGAAAAACUACUCUGUUGUCCACAAGACAAGAACACACAAAACGCCAAAUGAAUAUUCUACAAAAACCUCCAUUUGGGUUUCUAGCCAGUCAAAGAAAUCAGUAUCUGGAAGCACAUUUUCAUGCAACAAAAAACAAGCAUCCUAGGAUUGAAGGAGAACGUAGUCGGCCCAGACAGACCACAGUACCAGCACUGCCCUGAGACGGGAGAGGGAGGAGGAGAGAGGAAGCCAAUCAGACACCUACUCUGCCCCUACAGUCAGGGUCCAGCGCCAACGUAGUCACCUCAGAUUCUGGACAACAUACUGUACAAACACAAACAUGGGAGUAAGCCAACUCGAACCCCUGGUCAAAUAGGCCAUGUGUGACCACAUCACCACAAAUAACACACGCUAUCCCCUAUGACUGUCUGCUAGCAUGAACAGAUUUCUUCCCAACAAAACAAAAUAGUGUGGAUGGGGUGAGGUGGAUAGUCUGACUGACACCAGCGCUCGAAAGCUUUUCCUUGCUGUGUAGUCAUGUGGAUCGAGGUGGAGGCUAUGAAGUGGAGCGGUGGGGGGGGAGAAAACAAUUAUCGAAUUGGAGUUGUUCAAAAGCUCAGUUCCAGUCUUGGAUACAUGUUAUGAGAAGGCAAUUAUUACAUUUGUAAUUGCAUCUGUUAAAAGCAGAAAGGCCUGUUCUGGUGUUGGGGAGUGAAUGAGGAAUGAAUGGCGGCUGGCCUUUGGUUUUUGGAGCCAUUUGAAAGGAUCUGAUCAGUAAUCCUAGAGAAUGAAUCUAGCCAAUCCCGUAGACGUUUCAGUUCAGAGACCCCGGAGCAGAGUGCUAUGUUGUCUGGAGCCAGACAGACGACCACUAACGUUCUCUCCAGGUCAAAGCCAUUGCUAGGAGGCACCAAAAUGUUUCAGAGGAUGCUGGUGUGCAGAGCGGACUGUGACUCUGCUGCGGAGACCAGAUAAUGUUAGGAGAUGUGUACACUAGGCGUUGAGCAGAGUGGGGUGGCCACUGCUAAAACUUUAGCUCUCAGGGGAAAAGUAGGUCUGUGGGCAUCAUCACACAGCAUAUAUAAACACUGAUUAUCGAUAAGCCUAAUGGUUACUACAGUAGGCCAAUAAGCGUCAUCCUAAAUUCCAUGACUGUCACAGCCCUAACGCUGAAGGCGUGAGAAUUGGAACAGGUUAUCUUGUGCAACUUAGCCUGCCUGUACAUACAUGUCUGUGUGUGAGUCAGUGGCUUUAUCAGAUACCACAGUCUAUUGGCCUCUACUCUGCCAGAACGGCCUGCGUUGGCCCAGCGCUUUACACGCGUUAACAAAGCUCAGGAAAUCAACAGAGUAGAGACAAUGAAAUUAAGAUGACUAGCACACAGACAAGUCACUGUGGCCCUGUUUGUGUGUUGUGUGUUGUGUGUGUGUGUGUGUGUGUGUGAGGAAUAUGCUGUGCUCUUUCACCAGCUCAGCUUUAACUUGUUCCGUGUGUCAAGCAGUAAAUCAGUGGGGACUACAACAGCUCCUGCUCUGUCCUUUCACUCAGGUAGUGGGUGCAGCAAGCAGGAUUCACGCCCAUGAUUCAGACUCCCACGACAGGGAGAGUGACAUCAUCCGAGGGUAAACACACUCUCUGCCGUUAGGUAGGGAGAGGUGGAGGAAACAAAGAAGGAAACAAAACUUCACCUGGUCGUCUCUAUACACUGACCUCACCUGGGUUACUUCGUCAGAGGAGACUUUCUCAAACAACACACCUGCUGGGUCCUAGAAGGAAUAUACUUGUACUAUUGAACUGAACUUUGAGAAGAUAAGAGGGAAGCACGGGAUCAAAUUGGCAAGGUCUACAGGACAUGAUAGGUACCCUUUAUUGAGAAGGAUUCUAAGACUCGGCUUCGUCUCAGAAGUGAACCAAAGGACAUCUCAACAGGACCUGGUAAGAUGCCACUGACGACGUCUCUGUACCGUAAGCCAGCCUCGGCCCGCUGGUCCAGAAGGACACAGAAGCGCAGGGAGGUGCUCUCUGUCAACAUGAUCAGCCUCCCAUUGGCCGACUUCCGCCAUGUUUCCCACAUCGGGAACAACGACCACAGCGACAGCUUCGGGGACCUGUCCUUUCUGAAGGGGGGCAACAGCCUGGUGCUGCAAAGCUCUCAGAGUGAGCAGAACCUCUUGCUGGCCUGCUACCCUCCACCCAAACCCUUACGCCUUAACCUGGACGAGGCCACGGAGAGCCCCGAGUGGACCAGGGCCCACAUGAGCCACAGUGCCUCAGAGAGGAGGAAGAAGUGCAGCUCCUUGCCCCUGCUGGACAGCGAGGAGGGUGAGGGGAAUGGAGAGAUGGAGGGCAGGGUUAGCCCCAGCCACAGGGUCAUGGUCAGCAGCCCCAGUCCUGCCCGUGGCAGCCUGAGUUCUGGCCGGGAUGGAGACUCCACUCAGACCUGCUCUGAGGACACGCAGCAGCUGGAUGAGGUAGACAAUAGCUUCUCCUUCAGCCUGGACCUGGGCCCCUCCAUCCUGGACGACGUGCUGCAGGUCAUGGACAGGCUCCACUAGAGGAACAGCCAGACAGAGACCUUACUAACGUCAUCAUUGUGACUGGUAUUAGAACACUCAGCUGCCAUAAGACUGUGAACGGCUGACAUAAAAUAGAGUACGGUUACAUGCACACAAUAAUAUGAUUAUUGUGAAUAGUCAGAUUAAUAUAGUAGUUCAAAUAAACAUUUACAUGCUUUGCAAGAAGAAAAAUUUCCCUAAUAAUCCUGUUGACAUAGACCCAUCUGAAAUCAGGCUAUUUGAUGGGCCUUUAAUAAACACAGAAAAUCACCAAUCAAAACAAACGUUCUACCACAGCGACCAUGUUAUAUUUGUGAAGCAUAUUAGAUUCUGAGUUUACACGUGAAAACUAUUUCUAAUAUGAAUGCUUUCAGUUUUUCCGAAGGCACUUCACUCAAAAGAAGGAAGCUUACACUGCUCGUGCUGGCACAGAUCAAAUACACCGCUAGAACUCUGAUUAAGGCAUUGCAUGGCCUAAUAUUUUGAAAGAUUGCUCAGAAAACAAGGUGUUUUAAUCGUCGUACAUUUACUUCAAUUAUGACCUUACACCGAUUAAGAUAGUCAUGUAAACACCUUACUCUGCUUAAUCUGCCAAUUAGUUUAAUAUUGAAUUAUUGGUGCAUGUAAACACACUCCAGUGUCAGAGCAUUUGAAACACCAUGGAGAUAUAACCUACAAAGGGAUCUCUUCCAUUUCAUACGAGGUCAUCGACAAGAAUAAGAGUGCACAUGGACUUCUACUUUAACUUACUCCUUCUCUCAUUUUACUUAGAAAAUUGUUUGCUACCUAUAGUAGAUUAUUAUGACAGAACGCUUCUCAUGAUGGAGUUCUACGCUAAUUUGAACAUUUCUUGACUGUAUCUGUUGUUUCUAUGAUACAGUAAUAGAAUCAGAAUGAGUGUCUGUUGUCUAUUGAUGUUUAAGGGUUAACGUUGGAAUUCUCCUCUCUCCUUUCAACCAGUCUAUGGUGCAAAGUUCAUGUUCUUCUAGCAUUACCUGUUGCAGCGGUAAAUAAAAUGUUACAUAGUCUAGUUAAUAAUUUAGCACCUUAUUUAUCUUAAAGGCCCAGUGCAUUCAAAAACCAAAUUUUCUUGUGUUUUAUAUAUAUUUUCACACUAUGAGGUUGGAAUAAUACCUGUGAAAUGCCCUUUUGGUGUAAGAGCCGGGUUUGGGCCUGCCUGGGGACAUCACCAAGUGGUAAAUUAGUUAAUAGACCAAUAAGAAAGAGUUCCAAACCUUUCUGCCAAUAACAGCUAGUUUCCCCCUUCCCACUCAGACCACUCCCAGACAGUCCAAGCAAAAGUCUUGCUUGAGAAAUU